AUGAUCUCCGAAUUUAGAAAAAUGAAACUUUUGUAUUUAUUUUAUUCAUAUUUUGACACAAAUUCAAGUGGUAGUAUAGACAAGAUGGAUUUUGUGCUCGCUGCCCAAAAUAUAGCAAAACUAAGGGGUUGGAGCACCGGUGACGCUAAAUAUAAAGAAACAGAAGUAACUUUAAUGAAAAUUUGGGAGAGUCUGGAAAAGACAGCGGAUUCAAACCACGAUGGACAAAUUUCCGCUGAAGAAUGGUUAAAAAUGUGGGAAGAUUUUGCCAAUAAUCCAUCAAAGCCUCUGGAAUGGCAGACAUUGUAUUGCAAGUUCAUAUUUGAGUUGCAAGAUUCUGGAGGCGAUGGUUCAAUUGAUGCAGAGGAAUUUGCAGCAGUUCACGAAUCUUUUGGACUUCUCAAAGAAGAUUGUUUGGCAGCUUUCAAGCAUAUAUCCAGAGGUAAACCUUUUAUUACAUGGAAUGAAUUCCAGGAAUUGUGGAAGGAUUAUUUCACAUCAGAGAAUCCUACUGACCCAGGAAAUUUUAUUUUUGGUGCAGCUACUUUUUGA